AUGAAAGUGCAGCAUUUGUUAAUUGUUUGUGCUCUUUUUGGUACGGCUUUGGCCAAUGAUACGCCUAAAGUGAAGAUUGGAGAAAAACGAGUUGAAAACUGCACGAAGAAAGCAAAGAGCGGCGACCUUAUUCACGUGCACUAUAAGGGUUCUUUGCAAGAUGGCACUGAGUUCGACAGUAGUUAUGGCCGCGGCAAGCCCUUCUCGUUUAGCUUGGGCGCCCGCCAAGUCAUCAAAGGCUGGGACCAAGGACUUCUAGGAAUGUGUGAAGGUGAGCGUCGAACACUGACAAUUCCGCCGGAGCUUGGGUAUGGAGCAAGUGGAGCGGGAGGUGGCAAGAUUCCUCCAAAUGCGGUGCUUGUUUUCGAUGUGGAAAUGGUGAAGAUUGAAGCACGCGGAGCCGAAGAGUUAUAA